AUGGCGGACAACCCAAACACGAAUCCAUUCCUCGACGACAAUUUAAUUGAAGAUGAUUUAAUAGAAGAUGAAAUUGAACCUGUUGAUCCGUCCAUAGUACCAGCAGCUCAAACAGCCCAAGCCCCACCCGAAAUAACAGUUGAUUCAGUUGCAGCCAAAUUACUGAGGGAUAAUUUCAUACUUACAGCUCUGGAGUUGCACACCGAGUUGAUCGAAUCAGGCCGGGAUCUACCAAGAUUGAGAGAUUAUUUUUCAAACCCAGGCAACUUCGAGCGAACUAAGUCAGAGAAUACAUCUCCAACCUUGCCCAGAACUUCAAGUGUGCAGACAUUUGAUUCCCUUGAUUUUGCAAGAUAUUCGGAUGAUGGGGAGAGACAAGUUGACGAAAGAUUUGCAGUUUUGGAAUUUGAGUUGCGUAAAGCCCAGGAAACAAUCAAGUCAUUGAGAGCAUCACUAACUAAAGAAGCAGAAACGGAGUUACCCUCACCAGAGAGAGGAGAUGAGGAGAGUAAGACAGGGGGAGUGGAGGAGCCUAUCAGACCUCUGGAAAGGAGGGCGCUCAACUUCCUGGUGAAUGAGUAUUUACUGCGCAACAACUACAAGUUAACUUCUGUCACAUACGCUGAAGAAAAUGAGGACCAGGACUUUGAGGACUGGGAUGAUGUGGGUUUAAACAUUCCCAAACCCCCCGAUAUUCUGCGGCUGUAUCGAGACUAUGCAAAUCAUGUGAUUCCAAUCACGGACAUGUGUGAUGCAGAGUGUGAGGCAGAUAUUGAAGAUGUUCAUUUCACAGAGCUUCAAGCAGAGUGGGAACAUGUCAGGGAUGACCUGCUCUCUCAGGUGACAGAACUGCAGGCUCAGGUGGAUCUGAUGAAGCAUGAUAACAGCCUGCUCAAGACACAGCUAGACAGCCUCAGCCAAGAAGCCACAAAGUCAACGUCCACCCCUCUAGUCACCCCCAUCAGUACACCGGUCAAGAAACUUGCUCAGAAUCAGUUAGAGGCCAGCCAAGAGAUUUUGUUACAAAAGCCAGAACACAGUCAGCCAGAACAGCUUGCAGACAAUCUCAGUGAUGAACAGCCAGAUGAACAAACACAGGAGGACGGUCAUCUCAAUCAGGGCUUGGAAACAGAUAGUGAAAGUUCUCCUGCAGCAGGGGGAGAUAAAUGUGAUAGUGAAUUCACUGAAUCAGAGUCCAUGCAUGUUGAAGUAGGAUCUGAACUAAGGGAAAAUGUGUCAGAAUUUACUUCAAAUUUUGAAGAUCUUUCUAGCUCACAGAUGGAUUCCAUCAGUGAAAGGCUGGGUGUGCCAGAUUGUACCAACAGGAAAAUGUCCCCUGCUUUUAGAAAAGCCUUACUCAGUGUCUCCUUCUAUGUUCAGAAAGACAAUAGGAUAGUUUCUGAGUUAUCAAAAUUAGGUGAUUCAGACAAAGAAAAAGUAGUUCAGACACUGGCCAGAUGUCUGCCUCAUAUAGUUCCCAAUGUUUUAUUGGCUAAAAGAGAGGAGUUAAUCCCCUUGAUCCUGUGCACAGCAACACUGCAUUCCGAUCCCAGUGAAAGAGACAAACUUUUAAAUAUUCUGUUUAAUUUAAUCAAAAAGCCAGAUGAAGAACAAAGGCAGAUGAUUUUAACAGGGUGUAUAGCAUUUGCGGAGAAUGCAGGACAGACGAGAGUGGAGGCUGAGUUGUUACCACAGUGUUGGGAACAGAUCAGUCAUAAAUACAUAGAGAGGAGAUUGUUAGUCGCAGAAGCCUGUGGUGCACUGGCUCCUCAUGUCCCGAAUGAUAUACGAAGCUCUCUGCUCUUGUCGAUGCUCAAACAGAUGUUAAUGGAUGACAAGGCAGAGGAAGUUCGAGAGGCGGUUGUGAAAAGUCUAGGACUUGUGAUAGGUUUUAUAGGAGACCGUGACAAAUACGUUCAGGGUUUGGAGAUGUUGAUGUCUGCGCUGAACGACCCGUCGGAUCGUGUUGUGGCAGCGGCUCAGCUCGUCUUUCUGCCCUCGUUUGCCCUGUGGGCGUAUGAACUGGGCAAACUGGAGCACGAUCUGGCCAAUGUUUUGUUACGGAAGAUGGAGGAACUAGUUAAGGCUGCCCUCGCCAUGCAAAAAACCACAAACAGUACCACUCUGCCAUUGGAUGAGAACAAGUUUGUGUUCAUGAUAAAGACUCUGCGAGAAGUUGUGCCAUUUCUCUAUCUGUCCAUGUUAGAGACAGGACCGUUUGCGGGCAAAGUAGAGACUGUGAUAGAAGAAGCAGAGCUGAUAGAUCCAUCUCGUUUCCCGAAGCCAGCGUCUUCACUGACUGAUCUGCGCAUUAUUGUGGGUGACCACCAUCAUUUGUCUGCCCUAGUGCACCUGUUUGAUCAGCACAUGGAACAGGAGUGGGUGGAGCCCUGGGAGAACUACAGCUGGGUCGUCAAUAACCUAAUCCCGAGACUGAUUGAGAUAGUGGGAGGGGUUGGCCUGACACUUCCCAAAAUCAUUCCUGCACUCUCAUCUUUAUUCUACGCAAUAUGCCGAACAUUUGGUCCAAUAUUUACGGAGAAAAAAGUGAAGCCCAGAUUUAAGGACCUGCUUGCGGUGCCUGAGGAGUUGCUGUAUACGCAGGUAGCAUCUGGUCAAACUGCCCUGACCACUUGUACUGUACCUGUCUACACAUCCGGGGUGCUCACAGCCUUCUCAGGGGAGGAGAGUCAGAAGCAGUUGACCCAGUUUCUUCAGGAAACCUUGACAACAAUGGCACUGUGCCAAGCACCCCUCGACAGCCUGAAAGCCACCUUCCAAGACCUGGGAUCCACUAACAGCCACCAUGAUAUUUUACUGGGAGUAUUAUGGGAUGGCGUGGUGCACACAUCAGCACAAGUCAGAUGUGUAGCUGCUAGAUUGUUUGAGCUUCUGAUCCGUGGUUUGACAGAAACAGAGCUGUCCACACGAGUCAUUCCUGCCCUGGUGACACUAGCCAAUGAUCCAGAAAUAUCUGUACGAGUAGCCACCAUUCCUGCCUUGGGUACCAUCAUUGAGAAUGUUGCUAGUCGAGAGAUGCUGGACAGAGUGUACAUGCAGUUACAGACCUUCCUUGAUGACCCUAUGUAUCGGGACCAGCAUGCCGUUCACGUUGAGCUCAUUCGGAUGUUUUCUCGUGUGGCGCCAAACUCCGAGCCUAAGUUCCGAGAUGAAUUUGUCCUUCCUCGACUGGCAGCUAUGGCUCAGGCCAACAACAACAUCACAAAUGAGACCAAAAAACGAGACAUCGCCAUGCAGUUGUUUGAGGCGUAUAGCGCCCUAUCCUGCUGCUUUCUGAAUGACCAGCUGGUCCAGGAGGCCAUGUUACCUGGGCUGAGAUGUCUCAAGCAGGACAUGGGGGAGAUAGCCGCUGACCACGAGGAAGGUGGUCCAGUCUAUGAUACGGGAAUACGAGGACACGUCUGGAGACCACGAGACACCCAGACAGGGAUUUUACCCACUCUACAUGGUGAUGAUAUGCGUGUUCGAGUGAUGAACCGCAUCAAAGACACCGCACGAGCAAACAUCGCCAAUAUAUUUGGUCGUAAAAAAUGAUGGCUUUGCGCGUGUCAGCAGUUGUUUCUCUUGGUGUUGUAUUAACUUUAGCCUGUGAUGAUGUUAUUUAAUUUACUGAGCAUACAUCCUUGUGUGUUUUUGGAGAGACUGUGAUUGCUUGUACCUAAUCACUGCAGCUUAGGGAGCCUGAGCGUUACGUUUUCAUCUAUAAGAGAUCCAACACACUAUAUCCACAUUGGAUUUGAAUACAUGUAUCAGUCCACAUUCCCACCUCUGUGUAUAAAUUGUUUUUUGGCAAAGUUCUUUAUGGAUUCCGUAUGGCAGUGGUAGAAUGUGAGAUCUGGAAUAAUCCCAGGUGAGAUCAAAUUUUCAAAUUGUACACUUGUAUAUAUUGUGGUUGAGCAGGGGUUUCCACGUUCUGAAGUGUAUGAGAGUGUAUUAUGUAGAUUAUUUCAAUACUUUCAGUAUGCAUGCAGGUAUAUGUACUGUUAAAAUAUAACUUAUAUCAGCAUUAUAUGAUUUUUUUUUAAAUACUUCAUGUAUGUGUGAACUAUCUCCAAACACACAAUUUUUAUAUUAUUUGGGAUCUCAUUUUAAUACACUGUUGAUAUCUUAUGUUAAUGUAUGUAGUACAUUUACAUGUACUUGACUUCAUGUUUGCUCAUCUGUUAUAUUCAUGUAUCAAUAUGAGCGCUGUGUUGUGACGUUAUGCAUUUGUUCUUUACUGGCAGUUGCGCAGAUAUGCAGUAUUAUAUGAUAUAGUAAGCUCAUGAAGGGCCAUCUUGAUAUAUGUCUGACUAUAUACUGGAUACAUUGGCAUGUAAGGAGGUUUCUCAGUAAACAUUGGGAAGAUAUUUUCUCAACUGUAGAAUAUCUUAAAGCCAACAGGUUUUGUGUACUGGUAUAUCUAGAAACACACCGUAUGAGCCCCAUAAAGAUGUACGUACUAGCAAGGUUGUAACUUACUUUCAUGUAUUCUAUGAAUUACACAGCUAACCUAUACUGCAUUUCAUCUGAAGUUUAGCUUAUUUUUUCAAGUGUACACAUUUGGCUGGAUUCUGAUGGGUUUGUCCACCUUUUGAGCCACCUAAGAGUUUGAUUUUCUUACCACAAAUACAUAAAUGUUGGCAUUAGUAUCAAAAUAUCAUUUUGAGAUGUUCACAUGCUUUAGAAAGAGCAUUGGUAUGAGCCAAACUUUAAGUAAAAUAUCAUGCUGCCAUCCUGUUCUUGGUCGUACGUGGGAAGGUUUUCCAGCAAACUGCGGAUGGUCGUGUGUUUACCCCGGGCUCUUCCGGUUUCCCUCCCACCAUAAUGCUGGCCGCCGUUGUAUAAGUGAAAUAUUCUUGAGUACAGCUUAAAACACCAUUCAAAUAAAUAAAUAAAAGUAAAAUACAGUGUUUACACGGUGUACAGUAUAGAGUUAUAUUUCAGUGUGAUUUUGUUGUUUUCACGCGGUCUUGUCUGUGUGUUUUUAUUGUUUUGAGGCUGUCUUGUCUGUGUGUGUUUAUUGCUUUUGCGCUGUCUUGUCUGUGUGUUUUUUUUUCAGGGCAUAUUGUAGAUGUGGUUGAUAAUGCUGUCUUGUAGAGUGAGGCGCUUAUAUAUUGUGUAGUGUGUUGUUGUUGUAAAGACAAUGAAUUUAUGAUUAAACAUCAGUGGUUUAGUACACUAAUCAUUUUCAAGAGUUAUUCUUUCUCAUUCUUGAAAAUGGUUGGAAAUGGACUGAAAUAUUAGAUUGCAGUGUAUUGUCAACAUCAUUUAUUAAAGUUGCAACAACACUCUACAGUGUAAAAGCUAAUUAGCGAGCACAACCACAGCAGGAUUCCACUUAUAAAAAGCUGAGUAUCUCAACUUUUGGCGUUGGAGGAAAUACAUUGCUAUAAACUAACCCACCAACACAGUUCACACCGACAUUCAUGCAUUCAGUUGACACGUAUGCAGACACAGGGCUUCAGUGCAGUAAUAAAGCACAAAUGAAAUAAAUAAAAUAUAACACUAGAACAAACCCACCAAAACUUCUCCAUCAUCGUUCACUCCACUUUCCCACAACUUUCAGAUUUUAAUUUAUUACAUCAAUGGUUUUAUUGGACUUCAGUGAGAUUGUGGAUGUUUAUAAGGAAUGUGUAGUCAAACUGCCAUGCACUUACAUGACUGUGCUUGUUUAAAGCAUGUUUGACCGGAACAUUGUAAGUUUGCUUAUUUAAAGCUUGUUUGACCGGUACAUUGUAAGUGUGACCUGAUCAACAUGGCUCUGAUAGUCCUUUCUCCAAUGCACAUGUCCACCUAUAGUUCGCUUGAUAUGCAUUAAAUAUGCAGGGCUGUAUAUCUGUGUUCCGUUCUGCAUAGAAUUUUUCUGUUAUCAAAUUGUAGCAUAUUGCUGUGUUGUUGUGAAGUGCUCCAAAUAUUGUAAAUUCAGCCCAGUAUUUAAUUAAAUGUCAGCCCUUGAGAAGGAUCAGAUACUAGGGUUCUGCAUUCCAUUGUGGGAAAAGUGGGCAUCUUUUAAAUGAUUUUAACGUUGUAUAUAUAUUAUAAUUAUAAUAUAUUAUAAAUAUCCAAAGGCAAAGGAGCUUUUAUUUUUUAGUUUAACAUUCCGGCUUUUAAUAUGAGAAUGUCCGCUGAAAGUAUAUUUUAUCAUAACAAUGGGUAUGUUUUUGGGCUGUUACAGUUAUACAGUAAGAAAACGUGUAUAAGUGUGAUUUACCUGGUUAGUAAGCCUUAUAUUAUGUACUGAACAUAAACUGUUCUUUAUAGACCUGGUAAACUGUAGCAAAUAUUCAGAAUUCAUGUAAUGUAUAGCACGAGAUAGUUUGUAGUUUGCCACGCAGGAUGUCCGUUUGGUUUCUAGAUGUUCGGCAAAGUUGAAGGCUUGUGUGGUUGAACGUUGCCAGACCUUAUAUAUGUGGAAGGGCUAUACUGUUUUUGUACCAAUGGACAUGUCAGAAGUUCAAUUUAUUUCUAGCUGAAGGCCUAGAUUAAAACUGCCAAUGGAUUUUUUGAUUUCAAAUGUGGUUUUCAGUUUUAGUUAAUUCACAGACAGAGCUCUGUAAGCGCCAAGUGUAGUAUAGUAAUUAUGUUGUCCAAAGAUUUCUUAAAGACUUUCAUUGUUAAUUUGGUUUAUCGGUGUUGUAUGUUACAUUCUUAAGUCAUAUUUAAUAAUGUUUUAUUUUUCAAGAUAGUUCAGAGACAAUCACACAUUUUUCCAGCAGGUGUUACCAUAGAGAUUUGAUGCAAAGAUGGGAUCUUUUAUAAUAAUAACAUGUUUCUUGAAUCACUUGUGACACCCUACUGCACGAGCGGUUGUACUAGGUUAGUUGGCAAAAAUCAUGUGAAGCCAUCUGUAAUUGACUGUUUAUCGUGCAAAAGUUUGCCUGAUUUAAGUUAAUUAAAUUCUAGGCGAUUUACUGUAUUUGCUAUACUGUAUUAUUACCAUAAUUUCGUAGACAUGGCUAAUUUUUAUUAGCUUACAUAUAACCUUUGAUUUCAGAGUGGACAAUUUAUGGAGGGACGCAUGAUCUUUAGUACAAUGCUAUUAAACCUACUAAAGUCGGGCACAGGUCAGGUUUGUUUGUCAUGAUAUGAAAUUCCUGAGUACAGCGUAAAACACCAAUCAAAUAAAUAAUUAAGUUUGUCAUGAUACAGCCAUGACAGACAGGUAUUGACAUUUCCAGGUAUUCUCAGCUCUGUCUAUCUUUAUUAUGUAUAAUUUCACCAGACCUGUGCAUGUCAAUAUUGGCAGCAUACACGUUUGUGAUAUCAAUUGGGUUAAAAGCUCUCCUUGUUGACAUGAUAUAUCUGAUUGUUUGCAUGUGGUAGUGUUUACAGUGUCUAGAUUGUCCAAGCUUUUACCACAAUAUUUACCAAGGCUUACCACAGUUAAGUAGAAGUCUGAGGUUAGUGUGACAUUGCAGAAUGCAGGUGGUCACUUUAUUUUAGACCGACAAGCCUAAGGCAGUUAGCAAACUAUAUUGUUGGGUCAUUCUGCUAAUUUUUUUUUAAAAUUUGUUCAGUUAUUUAUCUUUAAUAUUUUUGUGGAAAAAGCAAAAAACAGAUGUAAAAUUUGGAUGAGGAAACAAUACAGAAUUAUUUUCCUAGAAACGGAAAAGUGACGCAAUAUUGUGAUGUUCUGUCUUGCUGUUCUGCUAUACUGGUUUUUUGCUCCUGACGUUUUGGGAACUUUUGGUCAUGCUGAAUACCAGCUGAUGGAAUGAAGGGAGGUAAAUAUUCCUCAAGUACAGUUAUGCCCGUUUAAGGGGAAAUUUCUCUGGCUCAUUCAAGCCUGAAUCAGUGUGGGUUCCAAUCAACCAGGUAUGAUAUCUUCAGCUUGAAGGAGAAAAAAACCAUUUAUUAGUGUAAGUUUACAGAGAACAUAUACUUUACUUGGACUGUCAAAAGAAUGAUAACUAGCUUUGGUUGUUAAUCUUGAUCUAAAUGAUACAGGAGAUUGUUUUUAAUACCGGCAUUUUCAUGGCUACAAGAAUACGCAUUUCUAGUCUUGUUCUGCUUUAGACAGUUUCUCCAACAUCAGAAUGCUUUGCUCAUUUUUGUGGAUGAGAGGCAUACAAGUUGUAAUGUACUUCAUAGUAAAUUGUUGGCGAGGGAUUUGUGUUUGCAGCAUUUAAGGUAUUGUAAUCGAUUAAUUCGUGGACAGACACGUGACUUCGUUAAACUUGGUGGCUUAAAUUUCUCAUCUAGGUUUAAUUCUACAGUUGGAAGUUUUUGAUACAACAGUAAUGUGCACAAAUUUUGAGACGAUAGAGAAUCCGGCAAUUACCAUGUAGUGUAUGUGAUCUACUGAAAUGGCGGACGUUUCUUGCCAGUUUCUACUUGAGAGAUGUUGCCGUUUUGAGAUGCUGAAUGUUUUCGUGUUAUCUACAGAUGUAGCUGUUGAGUAAUUAUUGCAUUUUGAUCCGCAUAACAUAAUCAUCUUUCUCUCUUGAUGGGAGGGUCUUAAAAGCCUUCGAUGCAAUAAAUCUCAUUAUCUUGUACUGGC